AUGAGGGAGAGGAGACGACGGGAUAGCGUCUGCGGCCCUGCGCUCCGCCCCCGCCGCCCUCGUCGCCUGUGGCCCUGGGCGCCGCCCCGGCCUGCGGCCUCCGGUGGCGCCGACGACUCCAUCCGCCUCUACGACCUCCCCACUGUCGUCGAACUCUGCCCGCUCCUGGACCCCUCCGCCGCGGCCUCCGCGCUCCACCUCUACGACGCCGACGGCUUCGAGCUCCUCGCCACGCUCCGCACGUUCCCGCGCCGAGAGGCCGCCGAGGGGCCCACCGUGCACCCGUCAGGCCGCGUCGCGCUCGCCAUGCUCAACCUCGUCACGGGACGACGCAGGAGUUAUGGAAAAACAAGUGAAGAACAAACUAUGAUGCAAGUUAAUUGAUGGUUCUCAAUUCAAGUUAAUUUAUAAUGCUGGAUAAAUUUGAACAAUGAUCUGGUAUUCAGAUGUCUGAGUGCUUUCCCAAAAGCUGCUUGCGCUUCGACAUCAUAACAUAAUCUGGUAUUCAGAUGUCUGAAUGAUUUCCCAAAAGCUUGAUCUAUGUAGUGUUGCCCUGCUUUGUGAAAUCACCUAGUUGAUCUCUGCAGCAACUGUCAAAUAUAUGAUUUUCCAAAAGCUGCUUCCCUAAAAUUGACCAAAUGUUAUCUUUACAAGAUAGUGCCGCGAGUUUUAUCUCUCCGGUAAUGCUGUGACACCGAUAACGAUAAGUCCUUGCAUGCUCUGUACAAUUGAUUUUGCAUGGACAGCUCUCUACAAUAGACCAAAGUUUAUGGAGCAGCUUGGUCUUCCAUGAUCAGAAACCCCAGCAAAAAUCGCACUACAAUUAAUUUGCCCAAUUUAGUUGUUUUGAAAAAAUAGUCGUUGGAGAAAUAACCGUUAAAAAUAUAGCCGUUACAAAAAAUAUAGUCGUUACAAAUAUAUUGUUAGUUAUAGAAUACUAUUAAAAAAUAAGAUAGAGAAUAUAGAGUGUGAAAUAUGGAUAUGCUGUUG